AAAACCUUUGAUAUGCUUCAUAAAAGAACUGAAGUAGUACCUGGUUCAAUUUCUUUAGGCAUUCUUUCAAAAUCAUUCGACAAUGUUCCUCCUACUUUUUAUACCAGUUAUGUUAAGUUCGCGUUCAGUGAGAUCUGAUGUAUUAAAGGAAUCCCUCCCGACAUUUCAUCUCAGUCAAAACGACCUCAUACAGAGUUCCCUGGCGCAUUUUUUACCCGUGAAAACGAUGCAAUUCAACACAACAGCUUACAUUGACAAAGGGGAGAAUAUCCUACGCGUGCCAAACAUAACACUGAUUGACGACCGCGAAAAAAGGAAGACAUUAAAGAAAGCACCGAAACGAACAAUCCAGAAGAUAAUAAGGAAACAUAGGUCUAAGAAGAAAAACUCGCCAGCCGUCACCCAACCGUCGCCAACGAAAGAACAGUUUGACACGUAUGACAUUUACGCGAAAGAAGAGAUGUUACAAAAGAUCAACUUAACCAAUCGAACUACGACACAGACGAACCAGAAGAAACAGAAAAAGUGGAACAAACUGACACGCUAUCCAAUGCCAUUCCAAAAAAUGAACUUCAACAGAGAAGUGUCGAAAAAUAUGAACGUCUUCAGGAGAAACAAGAGAAGUGAUGACAAGCCAGAUGUAAUGAUACUCAAAGACUUGGACGAAAUACAGUUUUUAAAUAAAGAUAAGGACUACAAUGUAGUAACCGCGCAUUUACAAAAGCAUUGGUAAUCUGUAUGAUUGUGAUUUUAGAUUAUUGUUAAUUGUGAUUUUAGAAUAAACUUGGUUAUUAAAA